UAGAUCGGAAAGGAGAAAUCAAGUACUCUCCUUUCGCUGGGACAUUCUCAUCAGUUCCUUAGAUCGGAAAGGAGAAAUGUCGGGUACAAGAUUUCUGAUCGUAAACGGCGUACUAUCACCUUCCUCCGAUACCCCUCCCGUCUCUACCGUACUCGAAGCUCAGCCAGGUGCUUAUACGACCUCUCGAACUCACAACGCUGGUUUACAUCUCUUGUUCUGGGAAAGACAUCUACGCAGACUUGCGGAAUCUGCAAGAAUUCUAUUCAGUUCAAACCCAAAUCUCCUCUUCAAACCUGAAAAAUCUAAAAAAAUCCCAUUUUCGUCACUAAAUGCACAAUCAUCACUGUGGGACCCAAUGAUUCGGUCUCUUGUUGAGAAUUCGAUGAGAGAAGUAAUACCCAUUGCACUGAAAGAGAGGAAAAGUGGUGAGGAAUUGGCAAUCACAACUCUUGUCAGCGGCAAUUUGGAUAAGUUGAGUGAAAGUGAGGGUUUAGAUGAAGAAAGACUCUCAAGGGUUUUUGAUUUGUAUGUACAUGUGGGUGUGUAUGUUCCUACUGUGUUUGGAAUUACAGAAAAUGCAAUGCAUUUGGCCGUGGUGGGUCGCGGUAGGGAUGUUGCAAAUGCAAAGUAUGCAGAUUGGGUCAGGCUGAGGAAGGCUUUGGAGAAGUUGAGGCCGCCUUGGGCAUCUGAGCUCUUGCUAUCAAAUGAUGGUGAUCGAAUACUUGAAGGUUGUUUGACGAAUUUUUUCGUUGUUUGCCGCAAGGAUAAAGAUGAAGGUAAUUAUGGAGCUGAGGGGAGUGAUUUGCAUGAUCACAGAAGUGCUUAUUCUAUUGAAAUACAGACAGCUCCUAUCAAUGAUGGUGUCCUUCCAGGGAUCAUACGCCAAGUAAUCAUUGAGGUAUGCUCGAGAAAUGGUGUCCCAUUUCGAGAAGUUACCCCGUUAUGGUCAAAGCGUGAAAUGUGGGAAGAAGCAUUCACAACAAAUAGCUUGAGGCUUUUGCAGCAUGUCGAGACAAUUUGUGCUCCAAGGUCAUGGGAGUUGCUGGAACAAAAAUCUUGGAAAGGUUUAACAUGGGAAGAGAAGCGGUUUAAAGAGGGUCCUGGGAGGAUUACUGCACUAAUUCAGCAGGGGAUUUUGGAGAAAGCAUCCUUGGAAGUGUACCCAACCACUUUGUUUACUUGUUGAUAGACUCCGGCAACCAAACUGGUGAUACACAGAUCAACGCAUUCGUGCAAGUGGAUUAUCGUCCAUAAUUUUAUGAUGUGCCAAUUGUUCGCAGAAGUGCGCACUUAAUUACGUUGCAUACUGAAGUUUGGAUCAUAAAGAAAAAGAACCGUUCCAGUUUCAAAUUUUAAAUUCUUGUAUUUCUUUUGCCUCUUAACACCCACAUAAAUAAGCUGUGCAGUUGUACCCUUAGGUACACGCACCAAUUGAAUAAUCUGCAUAAAGUCGUACCAUACCAUUAAGUUGGUAGUAAUGCAGUAAAUCUGUUCACCCCCCGGGAUAAAAGCAUAA